GGGCAGACGAGGCUCUGUAUGAGAAACCACAGGGAUGGAGCAUAUGAGCCCAGAAGAAUCCUAGUUUCGGUCUUGUUUCAUCUUUUGAUCUCUCCACUUCUUCUCUUCUUCUGACAUCUAGCCUGAUCUUACUUUAGCUUUACGGAAUCCGAGUACAUCGAAGUUGUAAUGGGGCCGACAGAGCUUGAUAACCUUAAUCUCUCAGAGAGAGGAGAAGUACCAGCAGCUGGGACGCGAGCUGGCAGUCUUGCCAGUACCUGCCCAACUCUGCAAGGCACAGGGAUUUCCUGCCCAGAAGGUGAAGAGAACAAGGAUGAAGCAUUGGGACGUGCUAAGUGUGCUCUUUAUAAAGAGUUAUGUCAAGAGUGGUGCUUUUUCCCAGCCCUCCAGGCACAGUUCUCUCUGGCUCUGGAUUACUGGGCCGCAAAGGUUCUCGGGACCUUUCGAGACCUCAAAUCCCUGGAGCGAGAAAACCAUGCCCAAGGCUGUCAUGACUACAAGGAACAUCGGCCUGACAACGAGUAUGGAAAGAAAAAAGAGGAACUGGCCAUCAGACUUACCAAUGAGCUCAAGGAAUUCUCAACAUUGUUCAACUCAGCCAAUGUCAUCAUGCAUCAACAUACCCCGAAUGGCAGCAUGGUGUCUGAAUACAGGCUGUGGUCUUCCAAUGUGGUGGGCUCAGAUUCAUCGGACCGCGAACUCUUUGCCGAGAACUACAGGGCCUUAGGCCCACGGCCAAGCAUGAUUGAUGAGUUUGUGCAUUCAGUUGUCAAGACUUCCGCGAUGUUAUGGAUUCGGUUCAGGUCCUACGCCGCCCGUCUCCGGUCCACGAAAGACUGUUCUCCAGGCCCGGUCUCCAUUAUUCUCAGCUAUACUACUCUUCACGUUCUCUCCCAUCUCCUCGUUGUUGUCAUGGCCGGGGUUUUCUUCGUCUUGCCGCUCACCAUGAUGUACUUGGUAACGAUGAAGAAGGCGGAGAUUGUCCUCGUUACGAUCACCUUCAGCCUUUUGUUCUGUGUCGGGUCAUUUUACUUUGGUGGUGGCAGGGGCGGACUCAAAACUGACACCAAGUUCCUGUUGUUGUUUGCGUACACAAGUGUGAUGGCAACAUUGCUUUCCAACUUUGCGCCGCAUCAGGAGCAGCAGCAUAGUCAGCAGUGUUCAUGUCCCGAAUCGAGCUGAAGAGACGGACACCCCUUCACACAAAAGUCGAGGUCAUGACCUCCAUACCUUUUCUAUCUUCUGGGCAGGAUCCUUUCUUAUAUUUCUUUUUUAAAUUUCCUUUGGCUAUCGGUCUUUAAAUCGGUUCCAGGACAUAACAUGUCACACCGUUUUUAAGUUUACACACUUUCUAUCUUCACUUCUCACGACACCACCUUAUUAUUUUCUUACAUCUACCUGUCUAGUCGGUAUUAUUUUCUGGGCUACGCGCUAUAAAGUAAUGCGUAUUCGAGCUGUAUAAUAAACACACAGCAGUUAUAACACAGGGGAUUAUAUGGAAGUUUUACUCCAAUCAAA